UUAGCUGCAUGCGGAAGAGCAGCACCUACAUGGAGUCUCUGCCUUGGAUGGUUGCAGAAAGCCUCUGCUGACUAAGUGAGAAAAAUGCAGAAGAGUUUGCAGACAGAUGCCAUUACCGAUAACCAAGUUCUUAGAAAAAGAAAAAGGAAGCGGACAGAGACGGUGAACUCCGAAGAUGCGAAUAGUACGGUGGAUAAAGCACAGAGAGGCCCGUAUUCUGGAAAUGCCUUCCUGCCUGGCGAGAGCUCCAGCGAUGAUGAAACUCCCUUAGCAGAACUGUCCAAGGAGGAACUUUGUACCAAAAUCAAAAACCUGAAAGAAAAACUGACGAACAUCCGGAAGGAGAACAGCCGACUUCGGCAGUCUUUGGUCAUGUUACAAGUGUUACCCCAGGCCGUCACCCAGUUUGAAGAACUGGUGGGAAUGGCAGAGACCCUGCUUAAGGGCGGAGGAGUGGCGUCCACACCAGCAUCUACCCUCUGGAGAGCAACCAACAACUCCUCCCCAGACUCCUUUGCCUCUCUGUGCAGUAAUUCCAACUCCAGUUCCAGCUCCCCAAGUUCCCUGAAGGCUGAGGAAGAGCAACAUCCUGGUGAGAAGCAGUUCAAGAUUGAAAAAUGGCAGAUUGCCCGUUGUAAUAAGAGCAAGCCUCAGAAAUUUAUUAAUGACUUAAUGCAAGUACUUUACACAAACGAAUACAUGGCCACACACAGUCUGACUGGAGCAAAAUCCUCCACUUCAAGAGACAAAGUUGUAAAACCAGCUAUGAACCAGAAUGAAGUUCAAGAAAUCAUAGGAAUAACAAAGCAGGUAUUUCCCAACGCAGAUGAUGUUUCAAUUAGAAGGAUGAUAGGACAGAAACUGAAUAACUGCACCAAGAAGCCGAAUGUGAGCAAAACUCUUAACUCUCAGGAUAGUAAGUAG